AUGAUGCGUUGGCUGAAGGAGAAGAAAAAGGAAAAACGACCAAAUUCCUCCUCUGGUGUCGAAGACAUAGAAAAAGAGGAUGACUACGGUUUUGACAAAGAGAAAACCGGCGCUGGGAAGUCGCCGUCUGCUAAACGCCAGCUGCCGCCCACCCCGGCAGCCCCGGAGGAGAAGUCUCCGCAUAUUUACGAGGAGAUCUCAGACGUCCCUGUGAGCUGUGUCCAGCCCGCUGACCACUCCUCGUGGCAUAUGCGGGCUCGUGGAAAGACGCCUGGGAAACCCCUGGCUGCCUCCAAUACCUACACUGCCGGCGCACCGGGCCGCGUUUCGGCUGACAAAGAGAAUUUCGGUCGGACUGGAGAUGCCAACCAAAACCCUUGUCGGAGCGGGGAUGACCAAAAAGCUGGUCGCGGCGGAGACAUCAACCCGUAUAUGGUUGUCCCUGUGGACCAGGAAGUCCGUCAGACGCCCACAAAUUUCCACCGACACGGCACCCCCGAGGUGCACUGUGAUGUCAUCGUUAAGGAGACGCACUGCGAGAUUUUGCUGAGUCGGAAGCCGAAGGUGAGCGCGUUCAAUGUGGACAGCAGCUCUGGCGGUUUAAAUCCUAGCGGUGGGACGGGCCGAAGGGCUUCUGGUGUGAUCAGGAACAACACUCAUUUUUGCUCACGGGACAGACGUGCCUCAACAGAUACGCACAGACACGCAGUGACGUCAUCUUCCAGCUUAGGUAUGAUGUCAUCGACUGCAUCAUCACGUGCACACUGGGCCUCUAGCUCGUGUGUGGCCAGCGGGCAGCGUCACAUGACCUCGAGCUGUGAUGACGGCGCUAGUCAGGAGUCCAGCGCCCAGGGUGUGGUCACUUAUAGCGCAGCCAGUAACUUCAUUCCGAGGUCAACGGGGUUGACCUUUCACCCCUUGGAGUUUAGCGAGUAUGGAAGUGAAGAUGAGGUAGAGAGCAUGAACGGGGCGAAUUUCUUUCUGGAUAAGGAAGCCAGGGGCAGUCACUCUAGUGUGCUGGAUGCCAGGGGUAGUCAGUCAAGCGUUCUUGAUGGCAGAGGCAGUCACUCUAGCGUUCUGGACGGUAGGGGAAGUCACUCUAGCGUUUUGGACGGCAGAGGCAAUCACUCGAGCAGCUCUCCAGAUCUCCGUACCGUAACAUAUUCUUCCAUUCAAGACCAGCUCAAACCGGAAACAGGAAGUGUGUGCUACGCCACCAUCCAAGAGACGGAAGGAGGCAGAGAGGCUGAGACGCAUUCACAGCAGUCGGACUCACACUUCCUUGAAUCGAAGAAAGGUUCGUGCUUUUAUCAGAUGUCUAACGGAGACUACCAUGGGAGGGGUGAGAAGUCUGUGUCGUGUGCGGGCGAGAGUAGCCUGCCCUUGUUGCCCCGGCCUUCCAGCGCCUCCUCGUGUUGUACGUACGCCUCGAUUAACAUCCCAGACGAGCCCAAACUCUACAACACAAUCCUUGACGUCAUGCCCACCAGUCAGCAGCGCCAGGAUGGUGACGUCACGGGGAUGAUUCUGGGCGACUAUGACGUGUCUUCGAGACACCAGAGCUGUAACGUGUCUGACGAAUGUGACCCCAGGGUCAUCUACUCGGACAUUCAGUCAGAGUUUGUCAACACAGCCGGCAUCUGCUCUCCAGGCCCGGCCUACGCGCACGCAGGUCACAUGUGCAAUCAUGAUGUCACAGCCAGGGGAGACGUCCAAACAUGUAGCCACGACCUCAUGGACGAUGUCCGGGCAUGUAGCCAAGGUCUGCAGCUGGAGUUCUGUACAUGCUCGGACGACCAGCACUCGUCUUCGUGCGGCUGCGCGGACGACAAACAGGAGGAAGAUGACGUGAGUAGUGUGCUGGGUGGUGCUGCUGGUGGAAUGGUGGAGGGGUUAGAGCAUGGGGCCGGCUCGUGCAAGGCUUGCGGUCGCCUGAUCCGCCAGAUCACUUACUCUGAGUCAGUGAGCGACGAGACGUAUGAACACGUGUACUCCUCUCGUCUGCUUACACGACGCCGCUACUCCAGCCCGGAGAUCACGUGCUCUGAGGCUACAAGUCACAGCCCGGAGCCGCCUCUGGAAAUGUCCGGCUCUCGAGCCAGGGAUGAUAGCUGGACCCCAGCGGCGCUUCGCUCGUGUGACGUCACAAGGGAUGAUAGCUGGAUGCCUGGGAUGCCCUCUCGUGGAGUGGCGUGGCGGAUGGGGGGUCAGGAUGAUGAGCGGUCGUCUGUGUAUGUGUCAGGUGAAGGAGACUCUAAGGCCAUGUCCCCUCAGUGUGUGAGAGUGUGUGGGCCGGCCAGCGAUGGGGUCAAAGGUCGUUCUGGCCCACUGAGCAAGCUGCUGAGAGGUCAGAACACGUCACCUGUCUCCAGCGACUCGUCCUCUCUCAGCGCCGGCCGCUCUGGUGUGGGCUUCCGAUGGGUGUCUCCUCCCACCGGGCCAAGCCACGCCCUGUCCAAGCCAGACUCAGCCCCUUCGUCGUCCGGUGACAAGUGUGAUGUAGAACACAUCACGCAACCUACAUCAUCACAAUCGUUCCUGAAGCCCAUGUCAUCACAACCCUUGCAGUCAAUGUCACUACAAACCCUCCAAACUACGUCCGCAGACGUGUCUCCCAAGAUACACAGAUUGAACUCUACCACAGCUGCUGACGUAACGCAAAGCCGAAUGAAAAAAUCUGGACAAUCUGCAGGCGAGACCAGGGCUAGCAGUGGUUUCUCUGGAAUAUUCUCCAUGUUUUCACGAGGGGCAAAGUCCAAACCCAGCAAAAAUCUGAGAGAGGAAGUGGCUAGUGGUAAGUCUGUGGCAGACCCCAACACAGGAACACCACUUACUCCAUUGCAUCCGUCGUCCCACAUCCCAGGAAAAGCCCACCUGUCCGCCCACACUCACAUUCACACCCCAGCCCACACAGUGCACGGUAUGGAGCGUUGUGAGCCAGAGGUAAACGAGAAUCUGGAGAAGUCCAACACUCGACUUUCUAAGCUGCUGUCUCGUCUUGCACUCAACGACCUCGUCUCCAAUGACACAGACCUUAACGGGAAUGACGUCAAGCAAGAACUCGUCACUUCUGCUUUCCAAGUAGCCGGUUCAAAGUCGAACCCAGCACCACCGGUGAACAAAUCAGUGGUUCAGGAGUCAAUGAGCUCGGACUGGGUGCAGGAGUUGCAGGUUCAACUCCCGAGUCUUGCGGGCACUGUGGACGACAAAUCACAUUCUUCCGGUAAGCUCAGUGGUCCAACGAGGGGGGUUGUGGAUGCUUCAGCCACAGCCACAGCCUCAGCCGCAGCCGGAGAAUCAAACUCGAAACCCGGCGGCAACAAGACAGACAGCGGUGACACUUGCUACGAGUACGACAUCAGCACAUCUAGUGAGAGUGAGCAGACAGGCUAUGACUACUUCUUGUCCAAAGUCAAGUCCACGCUCAACCUGGAGCAGGAAGUGGAGCACAUAGCACAAUGGGCCGUGGCCAGGAAAAAACGCAUGUGCCGGCGAUGUCGGAGGGAUUCAGUCUACUCCACUCACUCACAGCACCAGGAGGAGGAGGGAGAGGGGGAGGAGGAUGAGGAGGGAAUGGGUGUGUCGUGGGGAGGUUACGGUUCACGUCUUUCCUCCCGUCUGGGCCACCUCAAGGAUGUGUUCGGGGAUCUUGUGGUGGACCAGAGAGCCGCCAUUUUGGAUUGUCUCACAGACUUUGCUCACAGCCCAUACCAGGUGAAAGGUCAAGGGUGUCACGAGAGCCAGUGCCGCGCGUGUGGGGGGGAGAUUAUGACGUCAGACUCGGAGUCGCUGACCACUGUCUACAGCGUGAUGUCACAGCAGAUGAUGAUGACGUCACCAGGCAGGCACACGCCCAGCGGUGACUCGGAUGAGGGGACAAUGGCUGACCAUUCCGACGACUCGGCCGAUGAGGAUGGGAGGGGCACAGAGCGACCAGCGUCCGGCCCCCAGCGUGGGAAGCGGAGAGAGAAGACGAAGGAGAAGAAGGACAAACGAAUUUAUAGUAGCCACCAUCAUUACAACCAUCACCAUCAGCAACAGCAGCAACAACAGUAUCAGCAACAACAGAGCAACUGCAGUAUUAGUUCAAAAGAACAACAGAGCAACUGCAGUAUUAGUUCAAAAGAAUAUGACAAAACAAAGAAGAAGACCUGUGUCUCGGGUGUGUAUAAAGAUCAACACGAUGCCCCAUCUGUCAAAGCACUCGCUAAUAAACACGGAACGACCCAUUCCAGUAGUGCGCCCUUCAGUAAACGAGUCGGGGGCUCGGUUGUAAAGGAAACGGUUUCAGCUCAUCGUGCAAGCGGUUUGAAACGAUGCUCAAGUCCGGGCCCCAGACGGCCUAACACAGCAGUCAGUGGGAGCACAGAGGAGGAGGAAGGUACCCUCCCUGGGAGGUCACGUGACGACAGGAGUUGGCGGCUCUCCUGCUCCCAGCUGGUGUCAGAGAGGGCGCUUCACGACAUCUACUCCCCCUUACCCAGCAAGGCCAUGUCGCUGCUCACAGGUCGUCAGUACGGGACGCAUGCCGCCGCCUCGUGUGCUUGUGGUCGACACAAAGAGCUUGCCGACUCACCGCCGAUGCAGCAGCAACAGCAACAGUCACACCCUGAGGUGAUGACUUCUCCACAACACACACAGCCUGCGAUGACAUCACAGCAGUACAUACAACCAGGCAGAAGAGCAGGAGGGGAAGGAGGAGCUGGGAUGGAGAGGAACAAUGCCCAGGAGACAGAAGUAUCGUCCACAAAAAACAAAACUAGUGCUUUGGAGAUCGGGUGUUCAACUGUAUCCUCAGGACCAGUUCAUCUCGAAAACGGCAUAACUUGUGUUCCAGAAACUGCAGAGACCGGUCUUGACGGAAUGGAGGUCAAUUACACAUCACAGCAGGCGAUCAUUGGCGCGGAUACCGGGAUGAAACCAUCAGGGGUCGCUACUGUCAGGGGAGAGGAGUUGACCUCAAACCAAAACAGAGACAAUGUUCCUGCACCUCAAAGUUCAACUGCCUUGAGCAAACCAUCUGUACCCUGUGGGGAUGACGGUGUGAGUAUUAUAAGUCCAGGGGGUACAGGUUCAAUACCAGGGUACAGAAGACGUCACAAGCUUGAGUUAGCGACUCUGGACUUGCUACCGGAAACGGCGCUAGGUGGCGACACUGUUGAUGUGGAUCAAGAGAAAUCUGCUGCCCCGGUACGGCGGGCAAAGUCGAAUAUUGUGGAGAAAAUGACUAAGCUUUUUGAGAGUCAGAUGUCAGGGAAGGAGGCUCCGCCCGGCAUAGAGUCGACGAAUUGUGGUGGUGUCUCUACUUCUGGUAUUGUCGGGGAUGAGGGUAAAUCCGGACACAAGAUGGCGGUGUCAGUGGCUGUGCAUGCGCGUGAGGCUGGUGGUGGUGCAGAGGUAGCGACAGCGGGGAUGGGGGUUGUCGGGUCUCGUGGAGACGGAGUCUCAAAUCUAACCCCAUCGCAAGGAGGUCAUGCGCGGGGUAAGAUCAUUCGGGGUGUGGGUGGUGGUAUGAGUACAACGGUUGAAGGGGAGAGGAAGACAGCCUUGUCUAAGAGAAAGGAUUCAUCAUCCGGUUCACAGAACAAGAGCCCCGUUGUGACUCCACCCCUAGGGGAAAAGAACAAGCCGCCUUCUAGACACAGGUCCAGUGCGUUGUCGGACCGGUCAAGAUCUCACGGCCACUCGGAAGGCAAAGCUCGGAGUCGUUCGCGGACAUCUAGAGAAAAGGGCUCAGGUGUUGUGUCUUCCUCAUCGUCAAAGUUUGGUGGGGAUUUGGUCGGGAAGGAGAAACGUUACCGGUCAAGAGAGAGCGAGGAUGUGGGUAGUGGGGCGAAGCUGACCUCCCCCUCACCAUCUUUGUCUUCAUCGUCGUCAUCAUCGUCGUCGUCAUCUUCGUCGUCGAAAAAGAAGUCUCAGUACAGACACAGGAGAGUGGGCAAGAAGUCCUAUCACAAACGGAGGAGCAAAAGCCGGUCGGGGCGGAGUAGAAGUGUAGCGAGCAGGGAGGCUGGCCGUACGUGCUACUACUUCAGUUCGGAUCUCUCCGACAUUGAUGUGGUGGAGGUGGAGGACUGGGACACGUACGCGCGAACUCUGACCCCGGCACACAAGGGCAAGGCUCAGAGUCAGAGGUCAACGCACCCUAACACAAUGAGGGAAUCCGCCAGCACGAAAAGUGAAGACGCAAUCACUAGUUGUCCCGAGUCUGUCAACGCGAGUCCAAGUAGAGCGCCUGUGACAUCAGCUGGCGACGAGGCCGGAAGUGAAGGCCAGCAGGAAGUGUACGCAAUCCCACCGUCGUCGGCUGAGUUACGUCAGGCCCGGGCUGCGGAGGCCGGGGGUUCGAGUCCUGGGUGGAGCGGCGAGACCAACAAGGCCAGACCGCACAAACGUACGGAUGUUUAUAAGAGUAGGAGAAGUGAUAACAAACUACUGUCUGACGUCAUCAUACGGAACUAUGAUAUGCAGCUGUUUGGAAAUGUCUGA